AGAAAGAAAACUGACAACAUGUCUGGACGUGGUAAAACCGGUGGCAAAGCCAGAGCUAAGGCUAAGACUCGUUCAUCCCGCGCUGGGCUCCAGUUUCCCGUUGGCCGUGUUCACAGGCUUUUGAGAAAAGGAAACUACGCCGAGCGUGUCGGUGCCGGAGCUCCCGUGUACUUGGCCGCAGUGCUCGAGUACCUGACCGCUGAGAUCCUCGAGCUGGCUGGCAACGCUGCCCGCGACAACAAGAAAACCAGGAUCAUCCCCCGUCACCUGCAGCUGGCUGUCCGCAACGACGAAGAGCUCAACAAACUGCUCGGCGGAGUUACCAUCGCUCAGGGAGGCGUGCUGCCAAACAUCCAGGCCGUUCUUCUGCCAAAGAAGACCGAGAAACCCGCCAAGAAGUAAAUCACAGGCUUCGGUUUUCUUCACAAACAACAACGGCUCUUUUAAGAGCCACACACUUUCUCUUAAAGAGUUUUCCUUUUUGUUAAUUACAGUAUCCGGAAAUUACGUACGGUAAGCUAAUAGUGUGUUACUUACUGUUUUUAGCUGAAACUGUUAUUAACAGAAUAACACAAACCAGUUUGUGGCUCAGCUUUAUUUUUCAUAUUGAAAAUUUUAAACAAUAUUAAGUAUGUUUAGUACCUGAUUUUCAACAUAUGUAUGUUACAGUUCGUGUUAAAAGUGACAAAAGUUCCUUGUCAGAGCUGUGAGAUAUAGUGAUGGCUGUUCGAGGCUUUGAUGAAGCUUCAUUUAUUGGUUCAUGGAUUGUUUGGGAUUUGAUUCGCCAUGCACAUUCUUUUUCGACUUGUUCGAAAGUAAAAGUGCUCACGUUGUGCCAUUUUUUAAUCACUUUAUUGAUCCUCCUGGGGAACUGACUCUUUGCAUUUUACCAGCACCAAGUGAACGAGACAUACACACAAGCAUGCACGUGGACUAGAGACGCUGGGGCAGGGGGCUGCCCAGUGAGGCGCCCGGGGAGCUGGGGUGAGCGUCUCCUUUACCGUAUCCAUUUUCUUGUGCUUGGUCGAGGGAUCGAACCCCCCACCCUCCGAUCUCAGGCCGGUCCAAAGCCAUACUCUCAACAAAUUUUGAUAAAAAAAAUGUUGAUUUAUGCCUCUGCCUAUGUCA